UUCUCUUCAUCUUCAUCAUCACUGAUCAACUUCUUGUAACACCUUGUUUGAAGACGGAUUGCUAGUUGUAUUUAAUUGAUUUGACAGUUUUAAAAUAUACUAUUCCAUAUUAUUGUUUCAAUGAAGAGAGGAGAAGCACGAUUAUCCUAUGAAUUGAACACGAAUGAACUAAUGGAGUCAAAAUGAUGGGUGACAAGGAAAAAGAAAAUGACGAUGACACUCUUGAUGACAAUAACUAUGAUGAUGAGGUGGAGAUGGAGGAGGAAGCUGAAGAGACGAGGUACUGGGAAAAAAUGCGGGAACUUCAACGCUACAUCCCUGUCAUGCGCCGCAUCGCCGACUGUAUUGAGAAAGACAAAGGCGGCUCAGGAGAAAAGAAUGCAUGUCAAAAAAGGCUCCUUGCUGUUUACAAACUGAUCGAUAAUCCCGGAAAUGACAAACCAGUAGGCUUGAAAGUUUUACUAAAAAUUGAGAAGAUUUUGGUUGCUAUUCACAGAAAAUAUUUAAACAAGGGUAAGAAAGGCCAACAGUCUCCUAAAAUAAACGAUGGUGCUGGACCUUCCACAUCUUACCCUAUCAAAGAACUUCCUAGUGAAAAAAAUUACACCCAAGAAAGCCACGAAAAAAAGUCUAUUAAAUUGUCUACUGAGACCAGAAAUUUCUUUAAAACCUACCAGAACCCAUUGGACAACUUGUUUACCCCUGAUACUACCCGCAGCAAAAGUCAACCGUUACUUUCAAACUCCAACAUCAAAAGCUCCACAGGAGGUCAGAGACCAAGAUUCAAAGAUGAAGAAAGUGGCAGGACGAGGCCAUCCUCUCAUGAUCCAAGAGGGGAGUCGCAAAAAGCAAGAUUUCAAGAGCCUGAACAUCAGGAACGGAAAUCAUCGUCUAAUGAUCCUAGAGGAGAGGAUAGAAGGAGAGGAACACGUAUGGAUAGUGAAACAAGAUAUAGACAGCUGUAUGAAGAAUUGGCAUAUCCUGCCGAUAGAAAAUCAUCGUACAGAAACAAAUCCUCCGAGGAUAGAUCCAGAGGUCCACAUCCCACAUCAGAAUCAGCCGAUAGAUGCAGAGUUCCGCCUCCACGUCUUGUUUCCUCGCAAGUUACAAAUUACUCAUCUAUUGUCCAAGCCAUUCAUAGGCCACAUAAUACAUCAGAUACGACCCGUACAGUUACCUACCACGGCUCUCCACCUCAAAGUGACUCAGACAAUCUCGAAGAAAAACAAAGAUCACCUCGCUUCAAUGAUUCCAAAGAAAGGUUCUAUGAGAAGCCCAAGACUGAUGACCUUGUUAGAAGAGAAGAGGACAUUAUUGUUUCUAGACAUGAAAUGUAUACCAAACAUCCCUACUCAAGUCACUCUAAACACAGAGAAGUACCAAGUGAAACCAAAGAGCGGGAGCGCAAACUCAAUAGAUUGGAGUCUUCUGGAUACCACAAAUCGCGCAGUGUUGAGGAAGAGGUUUCAUCCAAGAGCAGUAAAAAGAAAAGAUUUGAAAAAGCAGAGACAGUAACCAGUGGAUCCUACUCCAGUUCCAACUAUAGUUCCAGUUCCAGUAAAUCCAUGUUAGAUGAUGUGAGGAUUGAAAUCAAACCCAACAGGAGAGAAAGGUAUGAUUUGGACAGAGACGAACCUCCAAGAAAGAAAAUGAAGGAUAAAAGUCAACACAGUUCUACAGCCAGCACUUUAUCCAGCAACAUCAAGUCAUCCUUGAACCGGAGUAGCAGCAAUAUGCUUUGUAGUUUAGAGGAAAUCACGUUGGAACAAAGAGAUAUAGAGAAGCUCAAUCAAAGUACUCAACAAUUAAAAUCUAAUCUUAACAACAGACUGAAAAAUAUGAAAGCUAAACGAUUAUUAAUGGCAAAUUCUAAGACUGAGCCCGCUGCAUGCAGUAGUGAAUCUGCAGUAAGAUCACUCGAUGGAGCUAUCGAUAGCAAAAGUGAUAAAUGUCAAGAUAUGUUUUUUAAAGAUAAACCUUUACAAUCAGAAUCGACAAAAGAAGAUACUGAUUCAUUCAUUGAUAAUAUUAUGUCCAAUUUAACCACAAAGUUUGGUUUUAGAAGGGGUGUCUCUAGAACUGACCGACCAGGAAAUGUGACCACCAACUCCGAUGUAGCAGCUGGCUUGAAUAUUAAUCUUGAUAAAUGUCUCGCUAACGUACCAUCAAUUCCAUGUGGAAUAAAUGAUUCGCACAAGGGGACUGAUGUAAAAGAAGCAAGCUUUCUUGAAACAAAUAUCAAUACAAUUAGAAAACCCUUAAUAUCCAAGGAAGACCAGGCUGAACUCGUUAUGACAGUCCAACAAAUCCUUUCAGAAAAGGCAAAAUCUAUGGAAAUAGGAAAUCAAGCAGCGGAGCCAUUAAUUGAAAACUCUCUUUGCACAGUUCCAAUUAAAGAUGAUAAGCAACACAAUUCUGAUAUUCCCUCUAUUUCUACCACUCCCAAUGAUGUUUAUGUGAAUGAAAUACAGAUUCCAGGUUUAGACGGAAUCAUUCCUUCUAUUCUUGAUAAAAAUUCAGUCCUUUCUAGUGAAAUAAAAUCAAACGAGAGCAACGAUAAGGUUCAAACUAUAAAAGAAAAUGAAAUCUCUAGUCAUAGAACAACUCUAGAACAAAAUCUGACAGACAAAGAAUCUAAACAAGGGAGCAACAAAAAGAGUGAAACUGUGAUUUCAAGCCAUAAAGACCACGACAGUAACCUUAAUCAAAAUCCAAAAUUGAGUUGUACCCAAAGUGAAGAUUUAAACAAACCAAAAAAUAGUUCUAGCUUAAGAUCUAAGCUAACUGAUGAAAUUUCCACUUUCCACAAAGUUGGGACUCCUUGUGGUGGAGCUCUGAGAGGUCUAGUCGAGCGUGAUAAAAUGAUGCCGUCUGGCCAGAUAGCAAGUUUAAAACCAGGAGCCUUAUUUGAUCUGAUGGGCGAAGAGAGACCCUCACGAUCUUCACCCAAAACCAAAUUAAAAUCUUUAACUCCAAACAUAAGUAGUGAAGUUCAUGGUCAUGGUGAAACGGAAAAAACUAACUUCCCAAUCAAAACUAAAAAUCCUGAUGAUAUUCUAUCCAAAUUAUCAGAAAGUGAUUUAAGAAAAAUCAUCACGGAAAAUAUUGAAGCUCUUCCUAUUCCUCCAAAUUUGCCUUUCUUAACAAAUACUACAUGCACAAAUGACAAUUGCAAAAAUGUAACUUCACCAAUUCCUAAUGAGACUUGGAGAAAUCAGAUCAACCCUAUCCACUCAAUUCAUGACAAUUCCAAAAACAUAAGUAUUGUUAAUGACAUUGCUCUACCUGAUAGCAAAACAGCUGUUCAACAAUCUGAUAGUAACUGGAGCACUUAUGAAAACCAAAGUUGGAAAAAUAAAUUAAGUGCUAAAGAUCCCAGGUGUAAAUCUCAGUUAAUAAGCAAUGUUGCAUCGCCCAAUCAGCAAUGUUUGGAGAACGUUCAAAAUGCACUCAAACCUUUGCCUGAACAAGUAAUGUCUUCUUUUGAAAACAAAAAUUAUAACAGUUCUAAUUUCAAUAGUUCAGAUCCAUAUAUAGAACAUCUUAAGGAUCCAUUUCCCUCAAAUCCACCGCUUGUACUUCAAACUGAUCCUCUUAUUUCGCCUUGUUACGAUGGAAGUGCAACUCCUGAUCCAUACAGACCAGACCCUUAUACAAUAAGCUUAAAUAUGGGUUUGGAAAAACAAAGUCAUGUUCGUAACGAAGCUAAAGAAAUGUUGAAUGUCUACCCAAGACCUCCAAUGAUUAAUGAAUCAACAUAUCCCUAUGAGUCCCACAACUUCAGGAGAGAGAGCUCUCAGAGACCAUCCCUUUUAUCCCAAAGUUAUUCUCUUGGGAACACAUCUCAAGACAGAGAUUUGUAUUAUAAUUAUAUAGAUAGUCAACAAUCUCAUUACUAUGAUCCCAGAAAUACUAGAAGGGUUCCAAGUACAUACGCCGAGUGGAAAGCUGAGAGACAAUUGGCUGAAAGUAGAAACCUUAAUAAUUUUCAAACCUCUGAAAGUUCCCAGAUUCAUUGCAGACAGUCAAUGUCUGAUCAAAGGAAUUAUAACAGGCAUAGAUGGGUUAAUGAAAGCUUCCAUAAUCGAGGGAAUAAUUAUAGUCAGAGCCAAAAUCAAACAAAAGAAUUUGAAAUGAGGAAAAAAAUGUCAGCAAGAGACCCACGUCGCAGGAGCGUUGAGGAAAAACCUUCCUCCUCAAAUCAGGCUUUGGUAAUUGGAUCUAAUAAUGAAGAUAGGUAUUCCAAAAGACAUGACAAAUCUUCUAACGAAAAUAGAUGUGAAAGACCAAAUGAAAGAGACACAAUCGUACCAGAAAGAAAAUAUCCAACUGGAAGAUUGAUCAGAAAGGAUGAAGAUCGUCAAUAUGGGUCUAGAGAUGGUUCCCAAAGUCGGAGUCACAAUAGAACUGCCAAGGAAAGAUCAAAUCCUACAAUGAGUAAAACAAAUGAAGAAAAAAGCAAAGAUAAAUACUUGUCUCCGUUAGACAAACUUUAUGCCGAGACCCCAACACCUAAAACUGGUCUUGGUUAUGGUUUUCAAAAAUUUAGGAUACCCAAAGUUAAAGGAUCCUUUACUAACAAUAUCAACAAGAAAACCAAAGAAACUCCCUCCGAAAAGAAAUCACUCGGACCUCCUGAAGAAACCAAAAGGCAGGUUGCCCCUCAGAUCAUUGAUGAAUCUGUAGAAGAUUCUAAUGGUUUAGAAAUAAAUAAAAGCAAACCAAAUUUGGAUAUAGACAUUCAAGUUUCAAUAAGUAACUUAGACAAUGAAAAAAUUGAAUCCGAACCAAAUGCAGUAUUGCAGAAAGAAAAAUGUACCUCUGCUGACAAACCUGCAUCUCCUGUUAGUGAUUUGCAAAAUACUUCAUGCAGAAGAAGUGGUAGGCUUUUGGAAAGAAAGCGAGGUAGACCACCUAAAACAAAAUUAGCUUGGAAGAAAGAAAAUGAGAAAGAGAAUGAAUCUACAGACAAGCCACCUGAUAAGAUUCAGGAAGAAAAUGUGCAAAACAAUAUUAAUGUAGUAGAUAAAUCAUUUGAAUCAGUAUCUAUUAAUGAAACCACAACCGAUAAAUUAUCAGAUUCUGCAUCUACCAAUGAUCCAACAGAUAAACCAUCUGAUUCAGUAUCCACUAAUGCAACAACAGAUAAAUCAUCUGAGUCAGUAUCUACUAAUAAAACGGAUACAGAUAAAUCUGAAUCUGUAUCUACCAAUGAAACUACCACAGAUAAACUAUCUGAAACAGUGUCUACCAAUGAAAUUACCACAAAUAAAUCAUCUGAAUCGGUAUCUACCAAUGAAACGGCCACCAACAUUGGAAUCUUCAAUAAAUUAUCAGAAGGUCCCUUGGUAGAGAAGGGAAGGUUAAACACUGAAGUAGAUACAUCAAGUCUUGAAGUAAACAAACAAGACCUUACAUUGGAUGAAAAUUUGGCAGUGUCAUUAGAGAAAUGCAACCUGGUUACGAAACCAAUAAUCUUACCUCAAAUGUCACCAGAAAAAGGAAGUAAGAGUGAUGCCAACUCAGUUAACAUAAAGUCUGCAUCAGUUGGAACUAAUCAAAAUCCUAAUGAAGCCAACUCAAUCAUGACAUGCAACGCUGAAAAUUAUGAAACGAAUAAGUCAACUGAAAUCAAACCGGACACCACAGAAAAAGCUACCCUUAAGAAAAUUGAAGAAGAUAAGACAUUGAAAUCUGUCGAAAUCCCAGGAACGGUAGACAUUGUCUCACAAGUUGAAAAUGAACAUGUCAACAAAAGCGAUGCUGUCAGUAAAACUCCAGAUAUUUCAUUAAUUAAACAGGUUGAACUUUUGGAGGGUGUAAUAGGCAUCAAACUAACCCCUGAUAAAAUAAGGAAGGUAGCUGAACUCCUAUCUGUAACAGAAAUAAAAGACAUUCCUAAAAGUGAAGAGCACAAUAGACAAGGUGGUAAAACUGACAAACCAAAUGAAACGUUUCCUAAUGAAUCCGAAAAUGUUGAUAAUAGGAUUGACAAACCUCAUAAUUUGGAUCAGUCUGACUUGAUAAAUGAUGAAAAACAGGAAUCUUCCAAUUUAAAACCAAAGAGAAAGUAUAGAAAUGAGUUGGACAGAUUACAAGAAGAUAUAAGUAAAUACCAUGAUUCUGAAGCUAUUGCCGCUGCUUCUGGUCCCAGACAAUGUAGGCUUCAGAAAGAAAAACACACCAACCAAACGCAAAUAAAAAUUAAUCAAAAUGCUAAAAGUAAAUCUAAGAAAUACAGAGAAGACACCGAUGACUUUAAAGAAAUGUCUCUAAAAGACCAAUUGCUUGAAAAUAAGGAAGUUGAUGAGUGUGAUACUAGUGAAAGAAAAGAGGAUGAAGAGAGCCCCGACGAAGAACAUGUCGGAGGUUCUGACUCCGAUUCAAGUGAUGAUAUACAUUUAUAUUCCGAAAAGAUGAAAACUAAAUAUAGUUUCAUUUUAGAGGAGGCAAAAGAAGACAUAUCUAGUGAGAAAAUUAAACCAGAAACAAGCGUUGAUGAGACAAUAAAAAUUACAAAAUUGCAAAAUGACUUAAAAAUAGAUAGACAAGAUAUCAAAGAUAUUGAAAGCACAGGAAGUGUGCAAGAAACAUUUGACGAAUUUCCCCCGAUUCCCCCGAUUUCGGUUACAACAACCAUUGAUAAUGAGAUAGGUAACAUGAAUCAUGAAGCUACAGAUGAAAAUUUAGUUAGCCUUACCCAAAGUGAGCCAGCCAUAGAAAACAACCAUGACAAAAAAUCUAAUAAUUUUGAUGAAGAAACACCAAGCAAAAUUUUUACUUCUCCCAAUCUGCCAAACAAAGCUAUCACGAAAAAGCAGAAGAAAAAAACAUCUUGGUCAGCAGGAAUAAUUAAGAAAAAAAGUAGAUCAAGGAAAUCCCGUAGUUCUGGUGAAAAUACAACUGAGUCUGACGUGGAAAACUUAGAAACAGAAUUGGGAAAUCAUACUGAUGAUGACGGUAAUGAAACUGAAAAUCAUGAACCUACUGAGGAUGUGAAUGAAUUAUAUGACAUAAAUUAUUUUCAAGAAGGAGAGUCCAAAGCGAUGAGUUGCAAACUUUGCUCAUACAAUGGAAAAUCAAUAGUUACACACUACGCAAUAACUCAUCCAAAAGAUGAGGUAUUAAUUUCACGAAUGUCACCUGAAGCAGCAAGAGAUGCAAUAAAGGAAUCAGAACAAUUUUUUUCACUUUGUGAGGAAAAACAAAAAGACGUUUCUUCAUUAUUUGCUUGUAGAAUUUGUUGUUUUAAGUCGAAUAAGUUUUCCAGUUUCUUUGAGCAUAUGGCUCUUCACACUGGGGAAUUUCGCCACGAAUGCUGUAAGUGUGGAUACAGAACAUCAACUCGAUCAGGAAUAUUAAAACAUUCUUAUAGCCAUAAUCUGAAGAGUUCAAACGACAAAAGUUGUCGAGUGCUGUACAAAGAGCCCAAGGAUAAAACAUAUUUUGUUGGUUAUUUAUGUUUACUAUGCAAUUAUUUUCAGAUAAGUGAAAAAAAUUUGAAAAGACAUCUUGAAAAUGUACAUGAAGUACAAGACUCAAAUCAAAUUAUAAAAAUUAAUUUUUCUAAAGUAUCACUAACUAAUCUUGAUAUCGAUCUUGGUAAAAAAAUUGAAAGUUCUGUUACUACACUAUCUGAUGAAAAUGAGAAAAUAGGAGACAUGCCUAUAAAUGAAGGUGUUGCAGAAGCAAAGAAGCAAGAAAUAAAUUUCCAUUCCAGUGAUGCAUCGAGUGUAGUGAAGGAUACUGAUACUUCAAUUCAGCCUGAGGAGUUAGAAAAUAGUCUUCAAGAUAAUGUAUAUUGUGAUAAAACACUUGAAGAUAAAAAUACUCCAGAAAUUUGGACAACUGCCAAUACUCCAAGAAACAACAGUUCUAAAGGGGUUCAAAACACAGAAAACCUAGAAGAACAAAAAGCUGUGAUGAUUAUUAAAGAGGAUUGGUUUUCUAAGAUGUGUGAUAAUAUUUCUGAAAUGAACCAUAAAUAUUUAACCGAAAACUGUAAAGACUUUGUCAGAUAUAGGGUUGAGGAUUUAAAACACAAAUCAAACUCUACGUAUAUAUUUCAUGAUAUUAUUCAGCGAGGGAUUCCAUCUGCACAAUCUGUUUUAUCUUUGAAUAGUUUACUUGACACUUGUAUAUCCUUUACAUAUCCCAGAAAAAGUACACGUUCAGAUGAAGAAACUGAUCAAAGUUUGAGUCAAGAAGUGGAAGAAAAUCACAAAUUGGAAGAAGCACCAGCACGUCGGCAGUUGCCUGAAAGGACAUGUAAAGGAGGAUUGAUCAAGCAAACCAAUGACAAAGACAGUGAGUUAAAUAUUGAUGAAAACGAUGACCCAGAUUUUUUGGAACUAUUUAAUUCAAUGGAACUGGAAGAUAAUUGGGAAGAUGAUUUGGUAAAUGAAAACAUAGUUUCUCAAACUUUAACUGGAGAACCAGAAAACACUAUUAUAUCAACAGUGACUCAUAACAACUUGAUGUGUCUCUAUGAGCCUUUACAAAAUUAUCUUAAUAAAAAUGCAAUGAGAAAGCCACUGUCUAUUCAAGAUAAACCUUACACAUCAUCAUUGCCUCUAAAUUCUAACUUUUCAGAAUUCACUUAUGUAAUGAAACAGAUAUCUCAAUUCUCCUUAAAAUUGUUAGAGGGCGAUGAAGUGAAAGUUGGAGGUUUGAAAGCCGUCACAUCAGGUGGCACAAACAUAUUUUCUUGUUCCCUCAAAACAUUUAAUAAGGAGUGUGGAUUUCAAACACCGGAUCUGGGAAGUUUUGGACAGCAUAUCAACAUGCUGCAUCAUACAUCCUAUUGGAAUGGGAUCUGUUGCACAUGCAAAGUCCACUUUGUGCAAGACCCUAACAGCCACGACAAGGUUUCCAUCAACACGCAAAGCAAAGCUUUCUGUCAUCUUGUUCGACAACAUGUGAUAUUCACCAAAAAACCAUCAAAGCAAACCUCAAGAGUCAGCUUGGCUAAAAACGAAGUGCCUCUUACACAUGCCGUGCCUCCGACUCCAAGGCUACGUGUAAGGCGACUAAGCGGUGACCAACUCUCUGGCAUGGACGCCGAAAAUAUUCUCCCGAUGCCUGUCAUUGAAGUUUCUGGCCAAGAAGAUCAAGAAAUUACAAAUUCAUUGCAGUUUCCUCAUCAACCUCCAGAAGCCUGUUUGUCAUCGUCUGCAGCUAUUUCACAGACUGAUGCUGAAACAUCGCUACCAAUCAGAGUAGAAGCAAUUAUAGGUGUCAAAACAUUCAAGCUGCCCAUUGAUAUUGAAGGGUCUGUAUCCACAAUAAAAACAGAGACGAAAUAUAAUGAAAUGCGAGCACUUGAGAAGCUAAGGGAUUUGUACAAAUGUAUGGGCAUGAAUUGCAGCUUUACGUCAUCGUCAAUGAGAGAUUUUUCCAUUCAUAUCGAGAAUCACAGAGAAACACAAACAGUGGAUCAAGGUGAAAACAUCCUCGCUGACUUUUGGAACGUUUGCGCUUACUGUCUUACUUCAUUCUUAAAUGCUAAAGAUUUAUGCAUACAUAUAAGGAAGAAGCAUGCAAUCUGCAUAAUGCAGUGCUCACUCUGUUUUUACCGGGCAAAGUCGAUAGCAAACGUGCAUUACCAUCAUUCAGUUGACCAUGCUGGUGAAAAUUUCAUGGUUCUUCAUUGUGAACAAACAGAGACAAAUCUGCCUCAGUUCAUAGAAAAGCCCUUCACGGAUUAUGUUAGUGCCUUCAGAUGUAACGCUACAGAAACAUGUGCUUUGUUCACCUACAUGAUAAAUCGAUUCUGUGCUCAUAUACAGACCCUCCACCCAGAAAAUAUGGUCUGUCAUUUGUGUUCGGAUACGUUUCUCCAAGUAAAUGAACUGUUGGAGCACUACUGCCACAAACACGGCAUGGGGAUGUUUCAAUGUCUAUUCUGUACUUUUGGAGCACGAAAGGAAGAAGAAAUUCGUCUGCACUUGUGUUAUGCUCAUUCUGACGUAGACCCUAAGGCCCUGCAGCGAAUUGAAAACUCCCCUAAACCAAACAUGGGAAAAGUGUCCAAGGAGAGCAUAAAAAGAAUUAUGUUCUUUAAAGAUCAAGAGAAACUAUUUCAAUUCGUACACUAUCGUACGACUUCGCCAACCCAAAGAUUGUCCAGUCUAGAAACUCCCCUACAGGAGUUGAACAAAGAACCUCGACAGUUGCCAAUAAUACUUAGGAAAAAAGGUCCUCCUGCCACUAAAGAUGCAACUAACAUAGUGGCUCCUGCAAACAACCCACUAGUUGCCUCCUUGCCCGAUCCUAUACCAGUGGAGGCAGUGACAGUGGUCAACUCACCCCAGCUGAGCAUACCUGCCGAAAGUGAUGAAUCGGCUCCCAGUCAAGAUAAUAUGACAGAACCAAAUCAAUCUAGUAAUAUCGCUUAUUUCAGAUGCGGAAAUAAGGGAUGUGACUAUGAAACAACAAACUCAAGACCUUUAAGAGAACAUUUGAUGUUUUGUGAGCUGUCCAGGUCAUCUCCAAAAUUGAUCUGCACUUAUUGUCGCAAAGAGUUCAAGCACACAGCCAAAUACAUCGAUCAUCUCUUAAUCCAUGGACCCAACCUUUACUCAUGCGCCCUGUGCAAAUACGAGUCGAGGUUGGCCAAAGUCAACUACCAUAUGAAAACAAUUCAUCACUUCUUGACGACCACUGUUUUACCGGUUGACCGAGAGAAAACAGACCCUGAACAGGACCUUUUUGUUGUUCAUGGCAAGGAAAAACGAAGACCGGGGAAAAAACCAGGACCCAAGUCUAAACCCAAAGUAGAGUCCAAAACCAAGUUUUCGCCUCAAGAUCUAGACAAAGUGCCCAAAGCUGCUAUUUUCCUAAAUGCACUCGGCUGCACCCAGUGUUCCUAUGAAACGAAGGUUAGGAGCAACUUGAUACGUCACAUUCAGUUACAUUUGUCAGGUGAAUUGGUUACACAAGAGGAGUUUGUCAAUCCAGUACCUGAGAAGACAGAGAAGAUGUUUGAUAAGAUGAUGAAUCUUGCUGGCAGCUCUCAUAAAAAGAAACCUGGGCUAGAGAGUAGCCAAGAUGAAACGGCUGUAGAGUGCCUCUACAAGUAUGUCCCCGACCAAGACCGUUACAAAUGCCACGUAAAAGAGUGUGGCUAUCGCACAUUGAGUGAAACCAUGUUGAGGGACCACAUCUCCGUCAUUCACAAGGAUGAGACUCACUAUGUUUGUCCCCACUGCGUAGACAAGGUUGAAGCAGCAGCUUUUCCCAUAGAUCAUCUCAGCAUGCACCUUAAACUGCAUGACUCUCCUGUCUACAAGUGUUCUAACUGUGAAUUCUGCAGUCACAUUAGGAGAUCAAUAGAACGGCAUACGGAAGUGGCCCACUCAGGGGAGCAAGUAGAGGUGCAGGUCGUCCGAUUGUUCAAACCGGAUCACAUUGUCAACAAAGCUGGACCAAAACUUCACAACAUCGACACAUCUGACGAACAAGGAGUGGAUUCAUUCUCCUGCAAUCUUUGUACAUUCAAAACCAAGAAGAAAAAGGUCAUUCUUCAACAUGGAAUAUCAGAGCAUAAAAUGGCAAAGCCGUUUAAGUGCUCUCUUUGUGGGUAUGAGUGCGUUAAUGAACCCAUAGAUCAUUGCAAGACGUAUCAUCCUGAUGAAGAGAGCCACAUUAUAUCAUUAUACAAAAAGGUUACCGAAAUGAAAAGACCUGCAUUGCCUCCAAUCCCUCCAUUGUGGAAAAGAGAUGCCAAACGUCUGAAGUUAAUCCGUGGCAUCAUAUUGGACGAGAGGGGAGACGCCCCUCCACCAGUAGUGACAGCCACAACUGGCAUUGACGGCUUGGACCUUUUAGAACUUAAAUUUGGUCAUUUUGGAACCCCGCUCGGUACUAGCUUUAUGUGUCCGAGAUGUUCAACAUCGUAUAGUUGCAAAAACCGACAAGAAAUGAAGGAACACCUGUUUAAAGAUUUAGACUACAGUCCAAUUAGGUGUAAAAUAUGCAAGACAGGCAGCACAAUGCGAAGUAGGCUCAUGAAACACAUCAAUAAAGUUCACAAUAUUGAAUGGGAGAGAAUUUCUGAAUAUAUAGACAUAUAUGCAAAUGAAGAAUUGGAAAACUGGGUUGAUAGAGUGUUAUCAAGACAGCAGAGCCUUAUGUCUGCUGAACCGAACAAGACUGAGGAAAGCCGUAAGCGUCGUAGAUCAACUGAGACUGUAUCUUCAUCAUCUCAGUCUACCACUCCGCCUCCUCAGGGCAUCAGCACAACCACAGUAGUUGAGACAUCUCCAUCAAGUCAGGAGACAACUAAUUACACCUCAGAUGAGGAAAGAGGCAGAGAGAAGCGGAGAAGAGACAAAUGUCCUUCCAGACACAGGUACUCUUGUGAAUACUGUGACGUUACAGCAAAAUAUAAACAUUCCAUAGUAACCCAUGCCAAGAAAUCUCACCCGGAUAAGCCCCCCAUGGUCAAGACAUUUUUGAAAACAUUUGAAGAAAAAAUGGAUGCAUAUAAUUGCAUGUAUUGUAAUUGUACUGCCUUAGACCUAAACACGUUAAAACAUCAUUGGACAAAUGCGCAUAAAAAUAGUGGUUUGAACUUUCUCUUUAGGAACACAGUUUUCAAUACAGAACUUGAUUAUGAGUGUUAUUGGUGUAAAAAAAGGAGUGAUUUAGAAAGUUUAGAGGAACACUGUAGGGAAGAACACUCCGUGGACCAGCGAUUUCUCGUCACCUCUGUGUCAGUGCCUAAAUACAAGUGUUCUCUGUGUAAAUUUGAAAAUCUGUUUAAAUCUGUAGAUAUCUUAAAAAGACAUUUUGCUCUGAUUCAUCCGUCCAAAAAAAUCUCUUACGUUGUUGUUGAACCUGAAAAACCUGUAAUAUUUUCUCACCAAAAUUCUCCUUCCUCAUCUAGUGAGUCAGAAAAAUUACCCCAGCUCAUUUCCACUACUACAUCAACCAUGUCUUACCAAUGUUUCAACUGUUCAUACGGUAGUCCUAAACUUUGGCUCAUUGUUAAACACAUGGAAGGACAUUUUGAUACUUUUGUUUGUAAUGAAUGCACUAGUUGGUUCCCAUCAGCAGUAGAAUUCAGGAGUCAUAUGCUGAACAAACAUCCUUCUUCCAUUUCAAGACCGAAAAUCCUCAAAGGGUCCGAUACUGACAUCGAAAACGCAAAAAAAAAUAUUAUGGUCAUUUUAGAAUCAGGAGUAAGAAGGAAAAUCACUGAAGAAGAAUUGGCUGAAGCUGAAAAAGAAAGUGAAUCCGAUGAGGAAAAUACAGAGAUUUACUUAAGUGACGAGACUUUAGAAGAGAACCUAAGUCCUCCUCAGAUUAAAGAAACUGCACGAAAGUCAACUGGAUAUCGUUUGACUCCUCCGAAACACACUUCGCCUCUAUUAGAGAGGGUCCAACAUAAAUCACCUCAUAGAUUUCAAAAGGAAUUGUUUCCACCCGACGAAGAAAGUGAAGACUUGGAAGAUACUUUCGUGGCUGUAAAGAUGCAUGGUAAAAUAAUCCGACUACCUACUACGACAUUUAGAAAGUUGAUCAACUGUGACCCUGACCUCAUGUUACCAGAUGUGUUUUGACCAAUGCUUGACUCGGACAUAACACUCAUAGACCACGACUACUUAUAAGAGACCAUUUUUACACAUUGCCAUGAAUAAUUCCUUUGCAGUUAAAUGAACACUAUUUUGUAUACAUUAUAGUUUAGUAUUUAAUAUUUCUGUUGUCGUAUGAUGAAUUUAAAAAUGUAUACCUGACCAUAUCAUUUUAUAAUUAAAUCGACUUAAGUUUUGUAUUAGGCUAUUGUUAUUAGGCGAGUAUUCACUGUUAUGUUAUGUGAAUAUUCAUUUGUACAGUUCAAUAUGUAUCAAUAUGUAACUAUAAUGUGAAUUUUGUACAAAAUGUAAAUUGUAAAAAUUCCGAAUUUUGUAUUUUAGUACUUGACAUAGGAAUCUUAAAGUCAUUUAGCUUUAUUGUGAUAUUAAAAUAAGUAUUUCUAGACUAUUAAGAUUCGUACAAUUAUCUCAAAGUAAAAAUGAUUACAAGUAUUUUCUUUUAAUGUGAUGGAAAAUCCAUUUCAAACAAAGGAAAUAUUAUUGCCUUUACAAAUUAUUUUUUCAGUUAUCGAUCAAAUUACUUCACAUUUACUAUUACAGUACUACACAUGAUCAUUUUGAAUUUUUAGAAAUAUAUUAUCAAUACUAUCAUAUUUGUUUGGUUGUAAUACUUAUUUGGGCAACUUAUGGGCAAAGUGUUACUUUUUUAAAACAAGAUAAAAAUGUUGACGCUCCUGAGUAUAAACGUGUCAAUUUUAAUGAAUUUAAAAAAGACAUUGCGCCCUAGUUGCACAUCAUAUUUUGUCUACAGUUGUUAUUAGAUGACAACAAAUCUAAAACUAUAAAUCUUAUUUGAGUAAUAACAAAAAUGCAAUAUAACACUGAGGUGAUGUUUUGUAGUUGAGGUGCAUUGUUUGUUGACUGUUGAAGCAAAGGCAUAAUAUCAUUACCACCUGGCAAGAAAAAUUCUCUUCCGUUUACAAACUGUCUUUAUAAAUAAUUACUUUGUUUUUCCAACUAAAACGUGGCUUUGUUAUUCAUUUGUGGCAUUUUAUGUAUAAGAAUUAAUAUAAUCUACAUACCUUUUCCUUAGGAUUUUAAGUUUAUUCAGCUAAAAUGAGCUGAACUAAAUUUUUUUGUCCAGUUGUCAUCCGCAGUGAGGAUGUAUUUGAGAAAGUAAAAGGUUUAUAAAACAGCUGUUUUGCAAACUCAAUCAAUUGAACAAAAUGCCACUUUGUUGGACAACUGUAGAUGAAAGGUUUUUAAAGACUUUUUUGCAAGUAAGUUACUACAAUAUUUAGUUACUAAUAGUUUGUUAUUUUGUUACUUGUCAUUAUAAUCAGUAUUUUCUAGGUUAUGAUAGUUUGUUAUUAUUCUACAGUUUUUGUUAUUUUUUAAAUUAUUUUGUAAUGUAAUCUCUAAAACCAAUUAAACCGUAUUUCUUUUUCAACAUUUA